AUGACGGGACGUAUUUCAAACGAGGCAAGAUCCGAACCAUUAAACAGCACAUCCCAUUGUCCUAAUAAGGGGAGUGUCGACGUAUUCGAAUACAUUUAUGAUACUGAAAGGCCAUACGCCGUCGCCUUGUCAUCAUUUGUACAUCGACAAGCCUGGCUGCCCUGUAGUCAGUCAGCCAGGCUUGUUCGUCGCCAUUACCGCUCUUCUCUCUCUCUCUCUCUCUCUCUCUCUCGUGAUCGCAACCCUACCACUGUUUGUUGGCUGCAGUUUCUAGUUCAUUCUGUUGAGCCUCUUUGCCCCGAAUGGGCUAAGGUGCAGGUGGGCGACGAGUGUUCAAGAAGGUGGAGUGGAGUAAAAGGUCGACCGACCGGGUGGACGGCUGGGUGGCCGGUUGAGCACCGGUUGAAAAGGCAGUCACAAUGCAAUGAAAACGGACUUUCUUUUUUUCUUUCUUUCUUUUUUCUUCCUUUCUUUCUUCUUUCUUUCUUUUUUCUUUCUUUGCUGAAUUGUUUUUUUUCCUUUUUCUAUCUUAUAUUAUUUUUCUUUGAUCAACUGUUUUUCUUUCGCAAUUACAUUAUUUCUUUUUUUCUUCCUUUUCAUAGUUCCUUUCCUGAUGUGUGUUUUUCUUUUUCCGUCUCUGUCUUUGUUCAACUUCCUUUGUUCAUUUCUUUCGUUUUCUUUCUUUCUGUACAGCUGUCUUUUCUUUCUUUUAUAUUUCUUUCUGUCUUUCUUUCUGAAUUGUCGUUUUCUUUCAUUUUUUCUUUCUAUUAUUAUUUUUCGUUUCCCAGUUCUUUUUCUCCCUUAAUUUUAUUCUUCAUUUCUUGGAAUUUUUCUUUCCUUUUUCUAUUUCUUCUUUUUCAUUCUUUCUCUCUUUUUGUUUACAUAUCUAUUCCGUUAUUUCCUUCUUUUUCUUUCAUUUUUCCUUUCUCUCUCAUUUUUUCUUCAAUUUCUUUUCUUGAUUUUUUUUACUUUCUUUUUUUUUUCAGUUGUUUUCUUUCUUUAUUUGUUCGCCUCUCUUUUUAUUUUUUUCCUUUUUUUUUCUUUAUUUUCGUUAAGUUUCUUCCUUUUUUUUUAACUGUUCUUUACUUCUUUCUUUCCUAUUUUUUCUUUCGUUAUUUCUUCCUUUAUUUCUUUCUUAAUUUCUACUUUAAUCAACUGCCAUCUUUCUUUUUCAUCCGUUCUUCUUCCUUUUGUAAUUGUAAUAUUCGUUUUCCUUUAUGUUUAGUUUUUCUUUCUUUCUUUUACGUGUUUCGUCCCUCCUUCCGUCCAUCUUUACUUUUCUUUUCUUUCUUUUCCUUCUACUCUAUGCGUCGUUUUUAUUCUUUUCAUGUCUUCAUUCUUUUUUUCUCUUUUCAGUUCCAUUUUCUUUCUUUCUUUCUUUCUUUCUUUCUUUCACUUCUUUCUAUGUUAGCAUGUUCAUAUCUAUCUAUUUACCUAUCUAAGUCUAUUCAUAUCUGUGCUAUUCAUAUCUAUCUAUCUAUCUAUCUAUCUAUCUAUCUAUCUAUCUGUUUAUAUCUAUCUAUCUAUCUAUCUAUCUAUCUAUCUAUCUAUCUAUCUAUCUAUCUAUCUCUCUUUCUAUCUAUUUAUACCUAUCUAUCUAUCUAUAUCUAUCCUUUUUCUUUUUACUUUAUUACCGGCUAG